AUGGCCCUCAUCUCCUACCACUAUGAGGAGACAGGGCCCCCAGCAGGUCAGCUUGAUGGCGUGUGGCUGAAUGCAGAUUGUCCAUGGGAAGAAUACACGGUCACAGGCCAGCGAGUGAGACGGAGCAACUCUCAAGGAAUCCGGGAGUUCAGCAUUCAGUGGGAUCCAGCACGGCUCUCCUGGCAAUGGGGAAGACACGGUCGCCUCAGCAUGCAAUGGCUUGGGGUGGAUUCGAUCGCAUGGGUGCCAGAUAUGUCGUGUGAACACCACAACGGUCGUGUGUGGCGGUGGAGACGCGUUCAGCCCAGCACUCCUCCUGUCAAUACCUUGCAUGCACAAGCCCAUCGGGAUACCCGCGUGACCACCAUGACCCAUCAUGCAAGAGACGUCCACCGCCCACCUCGUGAGCAGCGGCGGCCCAGUCGAAGCCGGAGUAGGGGCCGCCACUGGCACAGCCAUGGCAGACACAGCCACGGCCGGUACCGCAGCCGCAGGAACUUCACGGACGCCCAGCUUCCAUGUGGCUUGACGCACCGCGAGGUCUACAGUCUACUCUCCCGUGAGAUUACGCCCGAGGAUUACGAGAUGCUCUUGCGGCUCGAUGAGUUUGUUCCCAAGGGAAAGGUUGCCACGGAGGAGGAAACCAAUGAAGCUCUCCAAACCAUUCCGGUGCACGAGGUUCUCGGUAAAGAAUGUCCGAUUUGUCUUGCCCCAUUUAAGGAGGCAGAGAGUGUGGCAGCAGUGCCCUGUUCACAUACAUUUCACAAAGAUUGCAUUUCUACUUGGCUCUCCAACUACCGGAGAACUUGCCCGCUGUGUUGCACGGAGCUCGAACGAGCCUAA